GCUGAAAACAGCUGUUUCGGUUUUGUCUGUAUUGCUUUCUGCGAUUUUAUUUUUAAACUAUUAAUUUUCUUUAUCAGUUACUACUUUGAUUCCCUCCCGGCUACCGCCUUAACCUAACCUAACCUACUACUUUGAUUUAACUUUAACUGAGGCGAUACCACAUUACAAUAUAUUAAUAAUAUAAAACGUCAAAUGUUACGACGCACCAUGGCGGAGUUUGACAUUAAAGCCGGCCUGCAGCAAGUGUUGAAGCGCAUCGACGAAGUUCUGUUGCAGCGUCCAAAAGAAAUCCAGGCUGCAAAGCCUCUCUUGGUAGCUGUAAGCAAGACAAAGCCAGCAGAUGCUGUUAUAGAGGCGUACAAGACCGGCCAGCGGGAUUUCGGGGAGAACUACGUGCAAGAACUGGUGGAGAAGAGUCAGCACCCGGAAAUACUGGCCCAGUGCCCCGAUAUCAAGUGGCACUUCAUCGGCCACCUGCAGAACAACAAAAUUAACAAAAUACUAUCUCUCCCCAAUCUUCACAUGAUCCAAACCGUAGACAGCGAGAAGCUUGCUACCAAGCUGGAUGCCGCCUGGUCAAAAUUUAAACCAGACACAGAGCCGCCACUCCGGGUUCUCAUUCAAAUCAAUACCAGCGGCGAAGAGGCCAAGAGUGGCAUCGAGACGAAGGAAGCGCCCAAGCUCUACCAGUUCAUCAGCAAAAACUUGAAGCAUCUGCAACUGGUGGGCAUCAUGACCAUUGGAGCCUUUGGCUUCGACUACAGCACAGGGCCCAAUCCAGACUUUGUCUCGCUCAUGGACGUGCAUCGCUCUAUCUGCGAGGCCAACUCCCUGACCCCCAACUCCGUGCUCGUAUCCAUGGGUAUGUCGAACGACUAUGACAGAGCGAUCGAAAUGGGCAGCACCGUGGUGCGUGUCGGCUCAUCUAUUUUCGGACAUCGCGCUGUCAAGGCAUAAGGCGAUCGUCGGCGAGGAAUGCGCUUUCGGGUCCCUGGCCGAAUACAGUUGCUUCUCAAUGACGUCCCACCUCCCAACUAUAUGCACAAAAUAUCCGAGCGAUGCGUGGUCUCCAUGAUCGUCUGUGUAUACGAUGGAAAUAAUAAUACAUACAUAUGUGUACAUAUAUAUUGAAUUAAUUUGGCUUUUAAAAUUAGAAAAUGUUGAGGUAAACAAAUAUUAUGUGUAGGAUAUGUUAUUACUUCCUUCUCCACUGUUUGGUUUUUAGCUAUGCUUUGUAUGUCCACGUUUUUCCUCCAUAAAAAAUAUAUCCAAAUUGCAAAUA